CAACCAUGGUGGAUGUCAUGGAGUUGCCCAGGUCGCGCGUCAACGCCAGCAUGCUAGCUCAGUUCAUCGACCGGCCGGUCUGCUUCGUAGGGAGGCUGGAAAAGAUUCAUCCUACUGGAAAAAUGUUUAUUCUUUCAGAUGGAGAAGGCAAAAAUGGAACCAUUGAGUUGAUGGAGCCCCUUGAAGAAGAAAUCUCUGGAAUCGUGGAAUUAGUUGGAAGAGUAACGGCCAAGGCAACCAUUAUGUGUGCAUCAUUUGUCCAGUUUAAAGAAGAUAACCAUCCUUUUGAUCUUGGACUAUACAAUGAAGCUGUGAAAAUUACCCAUGAGUUCCCUCAGUUUUUUCCUUUGGGGGUUGUGCAAUAUGAUUGAUCUCGAUGAGCACAUUGAAGACUGUCAUAGGAAGCCCCUGAUAUUUGAGGGGGAGAUUUCUGUGAUUUUUCAUAUUUAAUUUGUUCUCCUUUUAAUUUCAUUUACCUAACCUUAUUAGAUAUUACAAUAUCCCACUUUUGAUGGAACCUGUCUGUAUACUGAAAGUUAAGUGCUUAUAAAGAGAACACUUCUGUAUAUGGUCAGAUCAGAUGCAAGAACUAAGCAGUUGCCUUGAGUUUAGUUUUCUCUUUUAUUAAUAAAGGCCAAAAUGG